CCUUCCCCGGAAGCGUUACCACCUGGCCACCCCUUUCAAAAAUGCAUGGUUGCGACCGGGGGGAUUCCCCUUUUUUAUGCACGCACAUGUAUGCAUGAUGCUGAUGCUGCACUAGCUGGCGGCGACGUCUGGCCUGGCGCGCCAAGAUCAUCAGUAACAUCAUCAUCGCCGGCCCAACAUGCCCAAUGAGGCCUCAUUCCAAAUUCGAAGGAAAACUUUUUGUGUAAGUUAACCUCUUAAAAGCAAAUGUGUUUGAGCAACAGCAGGCUUUCUGGGUGUCCUAGUGACCUUCCCUGGAAUCCUUACAUGUUGAGGAUGAUUUUCUCGUGGAUGCUGCCCACUCUUCAGCGGAAGUGACCCUAUGACCAAGGUGUAGCCCUGAAGUAGGUUGAUGGUCCCCGAGUCUGCGCACCUAACAAUUUGAACCUUAUCAGCAUAGUUUCUCCACAGGAACCCAAAUCUUCAUCAGCAACACUUACAGUGCAGUCAUGCCCAAACACAAAUCCAACUUGAAAGGAGGGCCGAAGCACAAGAGGGCCCACUUUCCAUCCACCCAAAGUGACCUAGAUGAAGAGAUCAAGGAAGGGAAACCAUCCAGCCAGUCUCAAAAUACCAGUAAUCAAAUUGAACAUAUAGAAGCAGGGCUCGGAAUCAUCGAGAAAAUAUCACUACAGAACUUCAUGUGCCACGAAAGGCUUGAGUGCAGCUUUGGUCCACAUAUGAACUUCGUAAUUGGCUGCAAUGGGAGUGGGAAGAGUGCGAUGCUGAUGGCCAUAAUUGUAGGCCUGGGUGGAAGACCCAUCGUUCAUGGCUGCGGGGUAUCAUUUCAUCCCCUUGUCAAGGCGGGAAAGGAUGUUGCAGAAAUAUGCAUCAAGUUACGAAAUAGAGGAGAUGAUGCGUACAGGCCGGAAGUAUACGGACCGUCCAUUACAGUGAUGACGAGAAUACACAAAUAUGGCAAUACCACCUACACGGUAAUGCUUGCUGAUGGUGAAUUUGUAUCAAGUAGUGACGAGGAUGUGUCUGACAUCGUGAAACAUCUCAAAAUACAGGUUGAUAAUCCUUUAACUUUCAUGGAUGAGGAGACCAGUAAAAAAUUCUUGCUCAAGCAAAGUGCCAAAGACAUGUACAAGUUUUUUCUGAAGACAACACAGUUGGAGGAGACCUCCAGAGACGACCGUGAAAUCAAGUUAAACAAGGAAACGAUAGAAGACCUCGUGAUUAAAUUAAAUGAAAAAUUACCUUUGCUAGAAAGGGAGCUCAGGAAUUUAACACAUCUUCAAGACCUAACUGAGAGAAAAGAGCCUCCCAACCAGUCACCUUUGGAACCUGGUGCAGAACCAGAAAGGCUACAGGAUAAUGUUAAGAGAGUACAAGAAAGACGUGCCUUGAUCCAGUGCCAAGGGGAAAUAUUGAGACAGAGGCUUGGUGAUCUGUCCCCAAAACUGGACCAAGCUAAUAACCAUGUGGAGAAACUCAAGACAAUUGUCAAGUCUUUAGAGAUGGAGAUCAAACUGGUCACUCCGCUCAUCCGAGGUGAAGGAUCUGAUGAAAGUAACGUCUUGCCAAGAAUUAGGGUUAAAAAAGAGAGGGACAGCGAACAGUUUGAAGAGGAGAGGGUCGAUAGAGAAAGACGGAUCACUGCAUUGGUGGAAGAAAAGCGACAUCUUGAAGCACAGAUGCAGGAUGCUGUUAAAGAAGUGGAGCGGUCUGCCAGUGCUGUUAACAGUGCUCAAAAACGCAUCUAUGGGCUCCAAUUUGUAGAAGGUUAUGUGCUGACGCAAGCCAUACAUGUAGCUAGCGGUGAGAGAAGAUUGAAGAACCUUGAAGGAAGCCGGAAGAACAGAUUGAAGCUGUAUGGAGAUUACAUGCCGAACUUACUGGCUGAGAUUGAGCGAUCUGCUGCUCGCUUCCACCAGACACCCCUUGGCCCAGUGGGAUCAUUCUUGAAGCUGAAGGAUGUCCGUUGGGCUCUUGGUGUGGAAUCUUGCCUGAAACGAUUGCUGUAUUCAUUCUGUUGUCAUGACCAACAUGAUUUAAGUAUUCUGAAAGACAUCAUGAAUCGUGUCAUCCCACAGAAUGCUCCACAUCCUUCAAUCAUCACAUCUAAGUUUGAGCCUCACACCUGUGAUAUCAGUCGAGCAAAGGUUCAGAGUAGGGACUUCCCCAGCUUUCUAGACAUCGUUGAUAUCAGUCAUCCUGUCAUUUUCAACGCUCUCGUUGAUCUGCGUGGUGUAGAGAGUAUCUUGCUGAUUGAGAAGAGCAAGGAUGCCAGGGGUUAUAUGAGUCACCAGCUCCCUACAUUCUGCAGAGAGGCUUUUACUAUGGAUGGCGAUCAGGUGUUCAUUAGGGCUAAACAACGGCUGUCCUACUAUCCGUCUAAGCAAAGGAAUGCAAGGGUUCUGAGAGACGCUGAUGAUGAGAUAAGCGAAACUAGGAGAGAUCUGAAUCAAAACCAAAGAGCAUUGAUUGAAAUAAUGCAGCAGGUUCAGGCACUAAGACAAGAUGUGUCUGAAAAUGAGAAUCUGAUGAUGACGGCACAGCAACAGAGGAUGAAGCUAGAGGAUGAGAUUGGCAAGAUCAACAACCAAAUAAACCAGUUGGAGGCAGAGGAAACCAAUGUCGCUGACUUGGAAGAGGAGGUUCAGCAGAUGGAGGCCAAAAUCAACGAACGAAAGGAGAAACUGGAGAGUUUCUCCAAGAACUUCAAGGAAGGUCGAAGACAGCUGGCAGAAGCAUCACAACAGUUCAAGGUGGUGGAUGAUCAGAUCCAGGAACUGAGCUAUCAAGUAGACCCUCUCAAGGUCAAAAUUGAGCCUAGCGAUAAAGCAUACCUAGAUGAGGAAUACCGUAAGCGCUACGCAGAAAAGAAGAAAGAACUCAUGGAAGAACUUGCAGAUCUCCAGAAAGAAGUUGAUGAAACACAGUCAAAAAUAGAGGAAACUAUGUCAAAAGUUAGGCAGCUGACAGGACAUCAAGACAACACUGCAUUGGACAAUGAUGGAGACAUACAAGAAGUCCCAGAAGAUGCCAUCGAACAAGGUGAUGGACCACAAAUGAUGUUUGCAUCCAUCCAGAAGCAAAUAAAAGGAUUGACGAAAACUGUGGAGAAUGUGAACAAAUUGAUUGAUCGAUGUGAUAUGGCCAAGAAAGACACGCGUCAUUAUAUAGCACAGAGGACCAAGUACUACUUCAUAACAAUGAUGUCCGCUCUUGGCUAUUUGGGUCGUCUCAAGUUUGAUCAUCCUAAAGAAGAACUGGUUAUCUCCGUUGAAUCGGAACAGAUGGGAAACGUGAAGGAUGUUUCCGUCAAGAACAUAAAGAGUUUGUCCAGAGGCGAGAGAUUGCUCUCCACAUUGACUCUUAUCCUUGCUCUUGGGGCAUCUGUGGAAUCACCUAUCAGAGUCCUUGAUGGCUUUGAUAAUCUCAUGGAUAUGGUGAACAGGAAGAUCUUCAUUGACCUGCUGCUUCAGCACGUCAGAGAAGAAGCAGCGCGCCAGUUUAUUAUAUUUACUCCAGUAGACGUUGGGGUCAUCCCAAGUGAGUUUGUCCACAUAACCAGACUUGAAGGCCCAGGGAUGAAUUCAGGACACAUCAAAGAAGAACAAAUGGAAGAGCAAGACUAGCAGAAACUGGUUCUGACAAAAAGGAACAGCUUGUAGACCCGUGACAACAUUCCUUGUUGAACUAUGACAACAAGUUAAACUGGACAGAAGGAAAAACUUCACUGUUCAUUCCUAAAACAGUGAUGACAAGUGAAAUGGACAGAAAGGAAUGACUUGUAUACAUAAGACAACAUUCCUCUUUAAACUGCCAUGACAAGCUAGUUUGGACAGGAGGAAUGACUUCAUGUAGAUCUGUGCCAGCAUUCCUCCUUGAACUGUUGCAAUUAGCUAGUUUGGUCAGAAAGAAAGCCUUCUUGUAGUUGUAGAUCUAUGACAACUUUACUCCGUCAUUUUUGACAAGAUGCUUCACAUGAAAAAGUUUGUGGCAUUUCUUUGUACUAAUAGGUGUGUGUGAAGAUAUCCAACUCAAUCCUGCCAGUGUUCCACUUUGUUAAACUAUUUCAGAAACUUUUAUUAUGUAUCUUUUUUUUCAUUGUUAUACAUGUAUGUAAGAUUUGUGGCUUAAUAAGAGUGAGGUCUGAAUGUACCAGCAUUCCUCCUUGAACUAUUACAACUAGCUAGUUCUGUCAAAAAAAAAGCCUUCUUGUAGAUCUGUGACAAGAAGCUUCACAGAAAAUAAAGUUUGUGGCAUUACUUUGUACUAAUGGCUGUGAGUGAAGAUAUCCAACUCAAUCCUGCCAGUAUUCAGCUUUGUUAAACUAUUUCAGAAACUUUGAUUAUGUAUCUUCUUUUUUAUUGUUAUAUGUAAGAUUUGUGGCUUAAUAAGAGUGAGGUCUGAAUGUGCCAACAUUCCUCCUUGAACUAUUACAACUAGCUAGUUUUGUCAGAAAGAAAUUCUUCUUGUAGAUCUGUGACAACUUGACUCCUUCAUCUGUGACAAGAUGCUUCACAGAAAAAAAGUUUGUGGCAUUAUUUUGUACUAAUGGGUGUGUGUGAAGAUAUCCAACUCAAUCCUGCCAGUGUUCCACUUUGUUAAACUAUUUCAGAAACUUUGAUUAU